AUGGCGGACGUUCCGGUCUCCAAUGCUGAGGUUCUGAAGCAGUUUGCCCAGAAGGUAACCACUUCCAGUCAAAAUGAGAGAAUUAAAAUCUUGGAUAUGGUCGCCAAAUGUGCGUCUAAAGAACUACCAGAAAAUGCAGUUAAAGGUAUUCUAAAGUAUUUGCUUAAUACGCUGGGACGCUAUCAUGACCGUAAAUCCCAGCAGGCAGUCCUUCGAGUGGUGUCAAAUUUGUCCCAAAGUCAACCGGCAGUUACUCUCAAGUGUAUUGGCUUGGCACUUUCCAAUUUCAGCAAGUCUCAGAAAAAUUACAACCAUGCAAGCAAAAGCUUAUCAAGUGAGUCAGUCAUGGCUCUCAUUUGGACUUGCAUAGUGGCCAAGGAAGCAUUCAGCUGUGAUAAAUCCUGCCCAAAUGAAGAUCUCAAAACUUUGGUAGCCGUCCAGUCUCUGCUGAUUUAUGGAUGCCAGACAGCCCAGCACAAGACUCUCUCAGCUGUUUCUUACAAACACAUUUGCAGUGUUUGGAAAAAGUGCCCAGAAAGCAUCUCAGAACAUCUUGACUAUUUGUCAAAUGAAGAAGCUGCCCAGUUCCAAAUCAGUUUGAUGGCAUUCAUUAUGAAAUACUUUGCUGAAACUAAAAACAAAGAUUCCAUUACAAAAUACAAGAAGGCAUUUAUCAAUAUAUACUUGAAGCAAGUAUUAGCAUGUCGAACUUCCCCACCAAUACACAUCCUUGAAGAUUGUAAGUUCAUUUUACGGCAUGUGAACCAUGAGGAAUUCAAGGGUCAGAUUUCACCUGCAGCUCAGAAGGCUAUGCUUAGAAAUCCUGAAAUCAUCCUUGAGGCUGUUGAACACCUAUUGUCAGGAGUCCAGUUGGACCUCAGCCAAUAUGCCCUGGAGCUAGGCAAACCACUUGCCAAGCAACUAUUUGCAAAAGAAUUAUCUGUUCGAGGAUCUGCAGCUGCAGCAUUGAAGGCUCUAGCGAAACAGUGUAGUGACCCUGGAGCCGUAGAGAAGUUAACUGCACACCUCUUUACAGUUCUUGCUGGUUCUGAAGGCAAACUGACCUCUGCUGACCAACGGAUUGGCGUUAUGCAGGGCAUCUACGGUAUGAGUUUUCAUGUGGUCAGUGGUUCCAUUCAAGUCCAAAAUUUGUCUUCAUCCGUCUGUGAACUCUUCAUUCCUAUUCUUUCACAAGAAGUUCAUGAAGGCACUUUGGUAUCAACUCUACAAGUCUUAAAAGCAUGGUGUAGUCGUUUCUACACAGAAGUACCAGAAAAACUUGUACAAUGGUUUGUAAAAGGCAUGAAUCUGAAAUCCUCAACAUCUGUAGUUCGUAAUGCCUACAUUCAAUGUAUGUCAGUGGCUUUCCAAGGUGAUACUUUACAGCAGGCUCGAAAUGUCGUGCCAGUCUUGGUGCAGGUGUUAGAGAAGGCCAACAAUCAGUCCAGUCAAGUCCAUUUGGUCACUGAAGUUCUGUCAGCAUCAAAGAUCUUGACUUGCCUAUCACUAAUCGACAUAGAUGCAAGCUCCAAAUUCCCUCUGUUUUGGAACCUCAUAACCGACAUGGACAAACAGUUGUUAUUUAAUGAGAAGUUCCUUUUGUCUCUUAAUGAAGAAUCGACUCUAAUCCUUGUCUUUGUUAUUGAAAAGAUCAUUUUAAAUUUCCCUAGUAAAUUCACAGGGAAGGGCCUAAGGGCUAUGUACAAAGCUUUCAUUUUUAGUCUGACCAACAAGAGCUGGCCUGUGCGCAAGAGAUGCAUUUCAACAUUAAAGCAAAUUAGCAGCCUUAAUGACAGAAAUAAAAUUACAGUUGACUUGAUUGAUGUGCUUGGAAAUUUAAUUUCAACACAAAAGCUUCCUCAACCCGGUGAAGAUGACAGUUCAGAUGAUACAUCAACAAAACGAGUGAACCCAAAGGCCUUGUCCAAUGCUCUUCUCUAUCUAACCAACUUACUAUCUCCAACAAAUUCUGAAAUUGAAGCUAUGGCAAUGGCAUCUCUGAUUCCAGCCCAUCACCCUGUGAUUGUGCUUCAACGACCCAAUUUAUGGAAGGCAAUUAUGAAGCAGCUGAAACAUUCUCCAAAGGACUUUGUUGAAAGAAAAGCAGAAAAAUGUUUAAAGAACAUUUACAAUGAAGCUAUCAGCCAAAGUGUUGAAAAUGCCUUGGCAACACUUGUGUCAGUAGCUCCAGAGAAAAUCCUACCAAAGUUGGUUGGUCACCUGUGUAAUCAGCUGAUCUUGCCAGAAUUUUUUAAUGUAUCUCAACAAGAUUUUGGAAUAUUCCAGUGUUCGGAAGGAGAAUUAUAUGACAAGUCUGUCAUGGAAAAUAUUCUGAAAGAUGAAGUUAAAGAGACUAAUAUCAAGAGAGAAAACAAACUUUAUUCUUAUGCUGAGCAAAUGGCUGAAAUUGAACUCAGAAAGGAAAUAGAGAAGAAAAAGAGAGGUAAAGGUGAUGUGAAGCUGACUAAAAAGCAAGAAGAGAAAGUCCAGGCUCAAUUGAAAAAAGAAUCUGAAGUCAGAAGCCAAGUAAAGAAGCUUGAUGCAAAACUGUCGAAAUCCUGUGACUUAAUCAAUGCAGCCAUUGAUGGUGGUGGUCAGACAAUAUGCUAUUAUAUGGUUGACUUGUGUCGUGUUUUAGUCCCUCUUUUAAAGUCUCCCCUUGCAGCCAGGCGAGUCUAUCCUCUGCUUGUAUCUCUCAGCAAGAUUUCCUUUUCUGAUAAACAACUUGGUCAAUUGGUUGGUCACGGUACUGUCCGAGUACUUGAACCGUUUUGCCCUCUCGCCAAAGAAUGGACAGAGGAGAAGCAAUUACCACAGACAAUACGUAUUGUUCAUCUUUUGUAUGAUCAGCUACAGACAAAGACCGAAAAUAACAAGCCGUAUACAUUCCCAGCUUCAACUGUUGCCUUCUUUUUCCACCUGUUGAGUGCUGUGCUGUCAAACAGCCACAAGCUUGUGAAAAAUGAUGAAGCUGUGCAAAUUGAAUCCCUCAAGUUAAUCAUUGCACAUGCCAAAAUAAGAUCCUCACCGGACAACAGAGAGGAUGCUGUGCUAAGCCAGUUGUACGACCCUCAGCUUUUGCCCCACUGCCAGUUAUUUGAAUUGCUGCUUAAUGUGAUUGGGAGAGUGCCAGUUGGUAAACUACAAUCAUUGGCUAAUGAAGCUUUACUUGAGGUUGCUAAUUGCCUCAGUGGAGCACCUGGAUGUGCUAUCCUUUCAAAUGCCGAAAUUUCAGUGUUGCUACUGGGAACAGAGUCAUCAUCUACUUUUGUACGAGAAGCAGUUUUUAAGGCACUUUUGCUGUUAACUGAUGUGAUUCCAAGUAAAGAUGACGAACCAGUGAUAGGAUUGAAAGUGGCCCGCAAAAUCUGGGUUGGCAAAGAUGAUAAAGAUGAAGAGAUUCAGCUGCUUGCUCAACAACUUGAAGAAAAACUUGGUCUGACGGCUCCACCAGUUGAGCUCUGCACUGAUCUGAUUGAAGAUGUUAUUCACCAUGAAGAGAAUGUAAGAAAAGCUGCCUCAUCUGCCCUGGCCAAAGUAUUAGUCUGUCAUAGGGAUCAAGUAGAGUCUGUUUUAUAUGAGUUGUUGAACAAAUAUGAAGAAAAAUUAUUUUUGCCGCCUCCUGAAAUGGAUACUUUUGGGCGUGUGAUAGGAGAGCAGCCACCAGAUGAGUGGACAUCCCGUAGUGGCAUAGCUAUGUGCUUGACCAAAAUUGCCCCUCUGCUCCCUCAAGAACUUAUUGCACCCAUUUUUGCAUUCUAUGUGCCGAAAGCUCUUGGUGAUCGUGCACCUGAAGUGCAGAGUAAUAUGAGAGAUGCAGCUUUGGCAGCAGUUAAUGAGCAUGGCAAGGAAAAUGUAAAUGUCCUACUUCCAGUGUUUGAGGAUUUUCUAUCUAAUGCCGCAGACAGUGCAAGCAAUGAUGUGGUGCGGCAAAGCAUUGUUAUUCUCAUGGGAUCCUUGGCCAAACAUUUGGAUAAAGACAGUCCCAAAGUAAAGCCAAUUGUGCAACAAUUGAUUGCUGCUUUAUCAACACCUUCACAAGAGGUACAAAUAGCUGUCUCUUAUUGCUUACCACCACUGGUUCCAGCCAUUAAGUCUGAUGCCAGUACAAUUGUACAACAACUUCUCAAACUUUUACUUGAAUCUGAUAACUAUGGAGAACGAAAAGGUGCAGCUUAUGGACUUGCCGGCCUCAUUAAAGGCCUUGGAAUUGUUGCCCUUAAACAAAUGGACAUUAUGACAACCCUUACAAAUUCCAUUCAGGAUAAGAAAAGUCCACGGAAAAGAGAAGGUGCACUAUUUGCCUUUGAAAUGCUAUGCACUAUGUUGGGGAAAUUGUUUGAACCUUAUGUAGUUGUUAUUCUACCCCACCUGCUACUUUGCUUUGGAGAUAAUAACAUGUAUGUGAGACAGGCUGCUGAUGACACUGCCAAAGCUGUGAUGACUAACCUCAGUGGUCAUGGUGUGAAGUUUGUGCUCCCAUCUCUGCUAAAAGGAUUGGAAGAAGAUGCUUGGAGAACCAAGACUGGAUCAGUUGAGUUACUUGGUGCCAUGGCAUUCUGUGCUCCUAAACAACUAUCAGCAUGUCUUCCUAAUAUUGUCCCAAAGUUAAUUGAGGUGUUGACAGAUUCUCAUAACAAAGUCCAACGGGCAGGAGCACAAGCUCUGCAACAGAUUGGAUCUGUCAUUCGAAAUCCAGAGAUUCAAGCCAUUGUUCCUGUUCUACUGGCUGCUCUACAAGAUCCAACCCAAAAGACUUACGAGUGCCUCCAAGCUCUGCUAGAUACAAAAUUUGUCCAUUUCAUUGAUGCUGCUUCAUUAGCUCUGAUAAUGCCAGUUGUUGAAAGAGCAUUCCAAGACAGAACUACUGAUACAAGGAAAAUGGCAGCACAAAUUAUUGGCAAUAUGUAUUCGUUAACUGACCAAAAGGAUCUAUCGCCAUAUCUUCCAACUGUUAUUCCCGGCCUCAAACAAUCUCUUCUGGAUCCGGUACCUGAAGUGCGCUGUGUGUCUGCCAGAGCUCUUGGAACAAUGGUACGAGGAAUGGGAGAAGGUAGCUUUGAUGAUCUGCUGCCAUGGCUCAUGGAAACAUUGGUCUCAGAACGAAGUUCUGUUGAUCGAUCAGGUGCCGCUCAAGGUCUCAGUGAAGUGAUUGGUGGAAUGGGUCUUGAAAAACUUCAGAAAUUCAUGCCCGACAUUGUUCAGACAGCUGACCGUAAUGACAUUGCUCCACACGUACGAGAUGGUUACAUCAUGAUGUACAUUUACUUGCCAUUGGUGUUCAAGGAGAAUUUUGUGCCCUACAUUGGCCAAAUCAUUCCAUCAAUUCUUAAGGCUCUCGCAGAUGAAUCUGAGUUUGUCCGUGAGACUGCCUUGCGAGCUGGUCAAAGAAUCAUUAACAUGUAUGCUGAAACUGCCAUUGAACUGCUGCUACCUGAAUUAGAAAAUGGUCUGUUUGAUGAGAACUGGAGGAUUCGUUAUAGUUCUGUUCAGUUGCUGGGAGACUUACUCUACAGAGUCUCUGGUGUUAGUGGAAAGAUGUCUACAGAAACUGCUAAUGAAGAUGACAAUUUUGGAACAGAAUCUUCUCAAAAAGCUGUAUUACGAGUGUUUGGUGAGGGUCGCCGUAACCGAGUACUGGCUGGUCUAUAUAUGGGACGCUCAGAUACAGCCCUCUUGGUCCGACAAUCUGCUCUUCAUGUGUGGAAGAUUAUUGUAACAAAUACACCCAGAACAUUACGAGAGAUUCUUCCAGUUUUGUUUUCUUUACUGCUUGGGUGCUUAGCCAGCACAAGCUAUGAUAAACGCCAGGUUGCUGCUCGUACUUUGGGAGACCUUGUACGUAAAUUGGGAGAACGAGUCCUUCCUGAGAUUAUUCCUAUUCUUGAGAAAGGAUUAGACUCUAAGCGGAGUGAUGAAAGGCAAGGUGUGUGUAUUGGACUCAGUGAAAUAAUGGCAUCAACUAGUCGAGACCAUGUGACUGUGUUUGCAGAUAGUUUGAUUCCCAGUGUACGCCGUGCUCUCUGUGAUCCCCUCCCAGAAGUAAGGGAGGCUGCUGCCCGCACAUUUGAUAACCUUCACCAUAAUAUUGGUUCUCGAGCACUGGACGAGAUUCUACCAGACCUAUUGAAAAAAUUGGCCAACCCUGCCACAUCUGAAUGGGCACUUGAUGGUUUAAAACAAGUGAUGACUGUCAAAAGCCGUGUUGUGCUUCCAUAUCUUGUUCCUCAGCUAAUCACCACUCCUGUCAAUACAAGGGCACUUGCAUUUCUCUCAUCAGUGGCUGGUGAUGUGUUGAGCAAACACCUGAACAAGAUCUUACCCGCAUUAUUGUCUUCUCUCAGUAAUGCAAUUGGAACACAUAAGGAAGAAGAGGAAUUGGGUUAUUGUGAAUCAGUUGUCCUGUCUGUAACAGAUGACUUGGGUACAAACACAAUUCUAAAUGAGUUGUUGAGUUCAGCCAAUAGCUCAUCCUCUGUAACAUGUUGUGCAGCAGUGAACAUUCUGAAGGCCUUCUGCAGCAAGACUAAAGCUGAUUACUCUUCUUACUAUCCCCAACUAUUACGGGCGCUCAUUGCUUUAUUUGCCCGUACUGACCCCAAAGUGCUACUUGCUGCAUGGAAAUGUCUUGAUGCCAUCACAAAGGACUUGAAGAAUGUAGAUGCCAACGACACAAUCCAGCAAGUGCGACUGGCAAUCAGAUUUGCUACAUCUGACUUUAAAGGAAAAGAUCUUCCUGGAUUUAGCCUCAAUGGCAAAGGUGUGGCUCCGUUGCUUCCCAUUUUCCGUGAAGGCAUUUUGAAUGGAACACCUGAAAUGAAAGAAUUAGCUGCUGAGGGCUUGGGUGAGAUUAUCAGUUUGACCAGUGCUCCUGCUCUCAUGCCAUCUGUCAUCCACAUAACUGGACCACUCAUCCGUAUUCUUGGUGACCGCUUCCCUGGAAAUGUCAAAGUGGCCGUCUUGGCAACAUUGACAUUGUUGCUUAGUAAGGUUGGUGCCAGCAUGAAGCCAUUCCUGCCCCAAUUACAGACGACUUUUACAAAAGCAUUAAAUGAUUCCAACCGUACAGUUCGACUAAAGGCUGCUGCAGCUAUGGGUGGUUUGAUCCUCAUUCACACCCGUGUUGAUCCCCUCAUAACAGAAUUACACACAAACAUUAAGAAUACAGAUGAUACCAGUAUCAGGGACACAACUUUGCAAGCUCUUCGAAGUUGUAUUACAGGAGGUAAAGAGAAAUUUUCAGACAACCUACGAAAGAUGUUAAUGACAUCUCUAUUAAAAAUGUUAAACAGUACAGAAGACAGCACCCGAAUGACUGCAUCAGGCUGCCUAGGAGCACUCACUGUCUCUCUACCCAAAGAUAUUCUCACAGACUUGAUGAUAACACACUUGUUGGACACAGACACUGGAGUUGAAUGGACAUUGCGACAUGGGCGUAGUGUGGCUUUAGCUGUGUCCAUCAAAGAAGGGGUUUACCAGAAAUUAGUGCCUGGCCUGCAAGAAUCAGUACUGCAGGUUAUUGCUCAUUUGACCACAGCUGACCGGAUUCCAAUUUGCUUAAGUGGACUGCGAGCAGCCACCUAUUUAUUAUGUCAACAAGUGAUGAACGAAGAAGACCCCUCACCGGAACUUGUUGCCCUGCUUGUUAAGGGCAUGAAACAUGAUUCAAAUGAAGUGAAACAAUUGUGUGGUCAGCUGGCGACUUAUUUUUCCCAUGCCAUUAGUGAUCCAUUGCCGAAUUCUGUGCUAAAAAGCCUCAUCCCAUCCUUAGUGAUGGGUACAAAAGAGAAAAACACUGUGGUCAAAGGUAACAGCGAGUAUGGAUUGUUGGCUCUUCUUCAUCUGCAGGACGGUGAAGACACUUACGAGGCCACCCUGAAUAUACUCGACGUGGGUAUGCAAGAAGCCCUCCAAGAUGUGUACUCAAAGACACUAAAGAAACUCCUUACUCAGGCCAUGCCAGUUCCCGAAGAGAUUGACGACUCUCUUCUACUCUAG